GAGAACUGCCUGAGGAAUGUGGAUGGUUCAGUCAAAAUAUGCGACUUUGGUUGCAGCCGGACAUUUGAGGGAGAUAAUGACGAACUGUGGCGAUCCCCUGGAACUCCAGUCUUCACAGCCCCCGAAUGUUGCUCAGGCUUGACAGGGAGUUAUUACCGUGGGCGGCAAGCAGACGUGUGGGCUCUGGGGUGCACUCUGUACUGCAUGGUGAUGGGGCGCUACCCGUUCAUGGGCGACACACUCCCUUCCAUCUAUGAGAAGAUUGUGAACCAGCCUUUGUUGGUCCCGGAAGCCACAAACCCGGAGCUGGCGGAUUUGCUGAGAGGGCUUCUGUGCAAAGAUGCAAGGAAACGUUUUUCAUUGGCGGUAGCAGCCGCUCAUCCAUGGUCGACGCGCGGGUACGCGCAAGUGCAAGCAAGCUGUAACCCGACAGUGUACGAGGUGCAGCAUCCAUUUCCGGCAGGCGGGGCUGCAUUGGCAGUGGGCGGGAACGGAAGCGUGGAGCUGGGAAGCGUAGUUUGAUGGGGGAACCAGUUGUCAUGCUGCACGGGGUGUAGAGGAGGGAACAAAGCGAGAGGAUCCCGAGCAUCAGGGUGCGCGUCUCAACUCCGUGGGGCAUUCGGUUCGGAAGAGUACCAGUUUGAGAUUCUCACGCCCAGUGCGCACUUUGUGUGGGAUAGGAUUGUAGUGCUUUGCAGAGUGCAGUUGCAUAACAGGUGGAUCGGUUUAGCCACCCUCUCAUUGGCCCGACUUGUACAGAACACUUGGUUGGCAAUUUGAUAGUGCUGAAAUUGCAAGCUUUAUUGAAAUCG